GGCGGCGGAGCCGCGGGGCUGAGUCGGGAUCGGCGGGGGCGACCUGCGCACGGACCGAGCCGAGCCGAGCCGAGCCGGGCCGAGCCGAGCCGAGCCGAGCCGAGCCGAGCCGAGCCGAGCCGGACUGAGCCGGGCAGAGCCGAACCGUGCCGAGGCGAGCCGAGCAGAGCGGAGCCGAACAGAGCAGAGCCGAGCCGAGCCGGGCCAAACCGAGCCGAGCCAGGCCAAACCGAGCCGAGCCGAGCCAUCCUGCGGAGCCCAGCCGAACCACCCCUGCCGAACCGAAGAGAGCCGAACCCAUCCCUACGGCACCGCACUGAGCCCGUCCCCGCCGCACCGAGCUGAUCCCUACGGCACCGAACCAACCCCAUCCCUGCCGCACCGAGGCCAUUCCUCCCGCACCAAGCCCAUCCCUACGGGACCGCACCGAACCGUGCCCCAAGGCAGCGCACCGCGUCCUACGGCACCGCUCCGUGCCCUGCGGUACCGCACCGGACCCGUCCCUUCGCCAGCGCUCCGUGCCCUGCGGUACCACAGCGCUGCACACCGCGCUCCGCGGCCCCGCACCGCAUCCCAGGGCACCGCACCGCUCCCCGCUCCCCGCGCCCCCGGUGCCCGCAGCCCCCGCAGCCGGCGGGACCAUGAUGUCGUGUGCCGAGCUGCUGGCCGUGUGCCUGCUCUCAGCAGAUCGCGGCCCCAAGCCCCACCGCCAGCCGCUGCCCAUCUUCCACGACAUUUUCCGGCGAGCGGACAAGAACGAUGAUGGGAAGCUGUCAUUCGAGGAGUUCAAGAACUAUUUCUCUGACGGCAUCCUGAGCUCGGAGGAGCUGUGGGAGUUGUUCAGCGGCAUUGACAGGCGUCACUCAGACAACGUGGACACGGAGAAGCUGUGUGAUUAUUUCUCAGCGUACCUUGGGGAAUACAGGAAUGUGCUCUCCGCCCUGGAAACCCUCAACGCCGCAGUGCUGGCAGCCAUGGACAAAACCAAGUUGAGGUACGAGACCUCCUCCAAGAUGGAGCAGUUCCUGACGCGGUUCCUGCUGCGGGAAACCCUGCACCAGCUGCAGUCCCUGCAGGCAUCCCUGGAGUGCGCCGUGGACACCGUGGAGGAGCAGGCGGGGCGGGAGAGAAAGGAGAUCAAGAAACCGGAGGCUUGGGUUGGCUUGCGGCCAGGGCGGCGGUGCAGGCGCAGGGGACAGAGGAACGUCUGCCUGUCCCCAACAGAGCCCUACUCUGGGAUGCUGACAACAGGUGUUUGUGUGGAGGACAACAGCCAGUGGAAGGCUCAGAUCAACAGGCUGCAGCAGCUCAUUGAGAAGCUGGAGUGCAAGAGCCCGCGCCUGGAGCCGCUGAAGGAGGAGGGCGAGUGCCAAGGACAGGAUGCACACAUCCUGGUGGCCAAGAGGCAGAUCUCGGUGGCCACGAGCAGCAUCGAGGAGUUCCGGCAGGCGUUCCGCUCCUACACCGAGGGCACGGCCGGGCACAGCAGCUGCCUGCAUGUCUCUGCCUGCAAGCUGACGGACGAGGCCUGCUUCAUCCUGUACGAGUUCUGGCAGGACGUGACCUCGUGGAGAAGCCACUUGCAGUCCAGCUGCAGCAAGACUUUCCAGCAGUCCAUCCUCAGCUUGCUGGAGUCCCCGGAGCUGCUGACCACCAUGCUCUUCCCAGCUUCCUGGUGGAUCAUGAACAACAACUGACCCGGGGCAGCCGUCCCCAGGACACCUUCAGCAUGCGGGAGGACGUGGAGCCCUGGGCACAGCCCUCACCUUUGUCACCUCCCUGUCCCUCCAUCCCUCCUGUGGCCAGCGGGGGCUGCCUGCUCUCCAGUGGCCCUGCCAGUGUUUUGCUCCUUUGCUGUUUUCAUGUUAAUUUAUUUAUUUAUCCUGCUUCCACGACAGUGUCUGAGCUGCCUGGGGGAGCCGUGUGUGGGGGUGGCAGCCUGGCCCCUGGGCCAGCACUGGGCUGGUGCUGCCUGCCAGGAGCUCUCAGUGCCUCUUGCACGCAGCUCCUCUUCCUCCUGGCUCCGAGGCUGCCCAGGGUGCUGGGAUGGGCAGGGGGACACAGCCCUGGCCAGCUGUGACAUCCUGCCCAGCGAGCCAGGUGGCCUGAUAUGGAUUGUGAAGUGUUUUAUAGGGAAAAAAAUAUUCUGUGAAGUGCUUCUGGCAAGCUGUACCUGAUCGUGUCCUGCCACGCUGGCAGCAGGUGCUGUGGCUUUGGGACUGGCUUUGUGCCCCGCCCGUGUGCCCAUGGCUGAACCUGUCCCCAGCACAUCCCACAUCCAGGAAAGUCCAGAGUGGCUCCAG